AUGAUAGAGAUGCCUCCUCUGACGUGUUCUCUCUUACUCCAUUCAGCCCCAGACUCCUUCAGCUUCAAGAAGUUUUUCCAGCUGUGUGGUCUGACCUCCAAGUCUCCCAAAGAAGUCAAAGAUGUCUUCCAGAUCCUUGACGACGACAACAGUGGCUACAUCGAGGAGUCAGAGCUCAAGUUCUUCCUGCAACGGUUUGUUCCCGGGGCGCGGACACUGACAGACGCUGAGUGCAAAGGCUUCCUGUCUGCAGCUGAUGAUGACAACGAUGGCAAGAUCGGAGUAGAAGAAUUCCUGAUCAUGGUCCAGUCCUGAGAGAUCCAUGGGCGCAGAGAGAGCAGCAGGUGUUCGUUCUCCUCUCCUUCCUCCAGCUUCCAGCUUCUAGCCUCAGUCUACUUCCUCAAGCCUACAGCAGCCUCCAUUCCUGGAAAUUUGAUUUUCUCUGUCCUGCUUGAAUUGUACCCUUCAAGUUAGAUUUUUUUCAGAGCCCCUCUCUAUUCAAUUACAUUUUGAAUCCAUGAGACCAUUUUUGUUUUCCUUUUGAUUAAGUUCUAGAAGGUUGUAUAGCUGUGUUGCCCCAUGUUUUCUUCCAAUGCACACCACAUUGUCUAUCAAAGAAAUUAAUAAACACAUUGU